AUGUCUGGUCGUGGCAAGCAAGGAGGCAAGGCCCGCGCCAAGGCCAAGUCGCGGUCGUCUCGCGCCGGCCUGCAGUUCCCGGUGGGCCGAGUGCACCGGCUGCUGCGCAAGGGCAACUACGCCGAGCGGGUGGGGGCCGGCGCGCCGGUGUACAUGGCGGCGGUGCUGGAGUACCUAACGGCGGAGAUCCUGGAGCUGGCGGGGAACGCGGCCCGAGACAACAAGAAGACGCGCAUCAUUCCCCGCCACCUCCAGCUGGCCAUCCGCAACGACGAGGAGCUCAACAAGCUGUUGGGCAAAGUCACCAUCGCCCAGGGCGGCGUCCUGCCCAACAUCCAGGCCGUUCUCUUACCAAAGAAAACUGAAAGCCACAAAGCCAAAAGUAAAUAAAGCCUUGACAA